CGUCGCCGCCUACAUGUACAUACACACAUACACUUCGCUUGCUCAAAGAAUCUCAACAUUUGAUAAUGUGGUUCAAGAGCAAUAAUACCAUCACCACUGGCCGGGAGAUUAUCGUCGAUGCCGCUCUCGGCUAUCACCUGGACAAUGACAUGAAUUUGAUUAUUGAUAAAGUAUCGGACAAAACUAAAGGCGAGUACCAUUGCGCCAUUAUGCCACAGGAUGUACGCAUGAAGAUAUUUUUGGAAAUCGGCGAAGAGCCUAAAGUGGACCACAACGGACAAGCGAUGGUGAGCGCAAGCGCACUGUGUCUGAUGUUAGCGCUACUGGUGCGCGAAUUGAGCUUUGGAAUUGUGAGCUUAGAUAAAUUUUUUUAGGCAUUCAAUUCAAAAAACAGUUGUUUACUUGAAACUUUAGUAUGUAAAAAAAAAUGUGUAUUGUAAAUGUAGGUACUACUCGCAUAGCUGAGGAUAAUUGUUUUUUUUUUUUGUUUUUCAAUCCACAAUACUACAACACUACUACAUAGCUUACCUAAAGCAGCAGACCAAAUACAGAAAAAGUUACAUAUAAAAAAAAUAGACAGAGGGUGUAUAUACUUACUUUUGAAGUAGUACAUAUAUAUGCCACAUGUACUAAGUAGUGUAUGAUAACUAGUGUAAAAUCCAGCAUACUUAAUAUCUACAUUAUAAGCACCAUAGUAAUUUUAAAAUAUACGUGUAUGUAUGUACUGUGUUUUGGAAAAUU